UCACAAGUCACAAGACACACAACCGCUUGUCACCUGUUUCCACAAGCUUCGAAAAUCCCAACCACGGAAAACUCUGCACGUUGUGUUCUUCUCCAUCUUCCACCUGUGAACACUUGACACUAUCCGUAUUCGGGAAAAAAAAACACAAACUUUACCAAUUUCAAUCAAAGGAUCAAUAUUGUGGGUUUCAAUCAAAGGAUCAAUGGACAAGAGAGGGGCCUUGUCUCUAGGAGUUCACCGGAGAAAAAUCAAGAAAAACAGCAGGAAGAAGAAACUGUUCAAGAAAAUAUUUGAUUAUCUCAAAUCAGAUUCUUUCUUAUUUGCCCCCUUGGUUUCUUCUCAACCCUCUGUCUCACCAAAAAUGACACUUCCUACCGCUACUGCGGGAGUUGAGAUAAUGAAACCCCAUGAGGAUGAAAACAAGAAAUUGGUUGACAAGGUUGGGGAUUACCUGAAAUCUGAUUCUUACCUGUAUGCCCCCUUGAUUGGUCCUCAACCAUCACAGGGUUUUGAUCCUAACAUUGCCGGUCCUCAUUCAGGAUCAGUUCGGCUUCUGAAAAGGGUGACUGCGGAAGUUUCAACAAGGAUAAUAACUAAGAAAACCAACCUGCCUACAGAAGACACAUUAAACGUAAUAGGAGGAGAUGAACCCUCUGAGAACACUCGUCUUAAAAACCGCCUUGCAGUUCAAAGAACUGUAGCUCAUCGGGAAACACUGAAGCACGCGGUUCACCAACACUGUCGCUCAUCUAUACCAGGGAGUGGGAUUCUUGGGACAGAGCCAAGGAAGCUUGUCGUGGAGUGAAUCGCUGCUGCUUUUAUAGUCACAGGUGCGUCGAGGAAAAUCGAGGGUGAGACGUCUGAGGUAGUAUAGUCUCUCAUAUCCCAUGUUUGUUUGUGCAAGGGAUUAGAUUGGAUUGUGGUCAAUCCUGUGUGUCCAAUAUUUGUUUUGAAUACCGCUUGAUAAGUAUUAAUGGCUCUAUUGUCUAUCAA